AAUCAAAUGAAAGCUCCGUUUUGAACGAGGACUUGGAACUUCCUCUGAUUGAAACUCACAACAACGCCGACCCCUCCGGCUCCGAUCAGGAUACACGGUUUCUCCGAUAAUUGUUUGUUUUGAAGCCCCGUUGUAGCCCUUUCUGUCACUUGUUUGAUGGGAACUCAGGAUGGAGACACAAACUGGGUUGAUGUGGCAAACGACCUACUCCGCCAGUGUCACCUGAGCCUGAGGCUGAGGGACAUGACGGACUGUAAUGCAGAUGUUUUUGUGUCUCUGUACGAGAACAUCCUCGGGGAGAAGGUUCCAGAUUAUAUUGCAGUUCCAUGCAGCCAAGAGGACGACGUCCAUAAUGUCCAGUCGGUGAUCGAUUCUCUGUCUCUGGAUUAUCUGCAGAUCAGUCUCUCACACAUCACAGGGGAAAAUAUUGUCAGAGGAGACAAAGAGUCCAUCCGGAACCUCCUGGAAAUCUUUGAUGGUCUGUUGGAAUACCUCCAUCAGGAGAUCAAUGCAGACUCACAGAAUUCAGACGAACUGAAGGACGUUCUCGAGGAGGACGAGCACAGUGCAAACACAGAACGGGGGAGUCCUUGUGCCGCAGAGAAGGAGACGCAGCCGGAGGGAGUGUCCCGGUCGUCCAGUGUAGAAUCUGCUGUUCAGUCCAGUAAACCAUCCCUCCAUUCCUGGUCUGCUGACGAAGUGGAAUCAGCCAGUGAGCUCAUGGGGCUGGGAGUCUCGGCGCGCACCUUUACUGGCAAACAAGGCACCGUUUCUCCUUCAGCGCCGGGAGACACUCAGCAACAUCCAGAGUCUGAACUGCCCUCAGCUGUUGCUCUGCAGCCACCAAUCCUGAGCGACACGCCGCACACUCGUGGUUCCAGCUCCCGGUCGCAGAGUCACCCGCCUGCAGCUGCCGGCAUCAGCCAGCAGCAGCAGCAGCAGCAGCAGCAGCAGCAGCAGCAGCAGCAGCAGCAGCAGCAGCAGGAGCAGCAGCAGCAGCAGCAGGAGCAGCAGCAGCAGCAGCAGCAGGAGGAGGACAGUACUGCUGCCGCCCAAACUCAGACCUCUAAGGUGGUUCCAGCGCCGCUCACCAACGGAGCACAUUCUCCUGCUGUCUGUCUCUCUCCAGCUGCCAGUGAGCAGUCUUCCUCCGGCCAGCACAGAAGCCGAGCAGCAGAGCAGCAAACCCUGCAGCCAGCUAAUGGAGGCCAGAGAAAGGUGCUUUUUCGGACACAGCCAGAUGUGCUCUUCCUCACCCUGCAGGAUGAGAUGACAGCCGCCACCCCGUCUCCUCCAGACACUGAUGAAGAAGGAGAUCCCAGCUGCAGGCUCAGGGAGAAGAGUCACAGAAACUCCAGGAGGACUCGGGACGGUUUAGACGAGCCUCUGUCCUCCCGCCGACAGAGGAACAAGCAAGCAGAGCAAGAGCUGCACCACAUUUCUGAGAAACUCUCCCAUCGGCUGGAGGAACUCGAUGAAAUGCUUAAGCGGGUUUUAGGUGAAAGUGGGGAGUCCGGUGAGGUCCGAGAGGAGGACCAGCAGGAGCCACGGCGGACCCACAGACCACACUCUGGAGCACAUGGAGAAGAAUCUCCCUCACACACUCCCUCCUCCUCCUGCUCCUCUCCCCUUGGAGAUCAGAGCUUCCUGCAAGGACGGUUGGAGGACGCCAUCGCAGACGCCUUGAGCUUGGAGGACGACAGUCGGACGAACGCAGUGACGCCAAACCGCUCAAGUAGAGGAAAACGGCGCUCGUCUCAGUUUAGUGAGUAUCUGGACAGUAAAGCCUACGAGGACGAGCUGAGAAGAUAUGAAGCAAACCAGCGAGCAGAGCUCCAGGAGGCUCGUCUCAAAGCCCAGAAAGCUGAGCGAGAAUACAGAGAGGCCAUUCUCGGCUGUGACUCUGCAGAGGCCAGACUGUCGCCGCCCAGAACCAAAGCUCAGCACCGAACGCAAGCGAACACGUCUGUGAUGAGAAAACCGAGACGACCGGAGCCCCGGAGGAAAGCUCCUCAGAUGAAAAUCAAAGAGAACGACCUUCUUCCUCUGUUACGGGACGAGCUGCCUCACCUCCACGUCUCUCCUCAUGCCCUGGCUGGCAUGUGGGAGCAGCAGAUGCAGCAGGCGGACAGACUCCGCGCCGCCUCAUCUUCCAACAGCCACCGCCGCAGUAAAGUUUCCCGCCAGCUGGAGGAGGCUCAGAAGAAGCACGACCUGCUGCUGGAGCUCGUCCGCAAAGACCAGGAGCACAGCAAACGGCUGGGAGACUUUAAGGAUCGCAUCAUGCAGCAGAGGUCUGCCCAGAACCGGCUGAGGGAGCAGAAGCAGCAGGUAGCCCGCAGCAAAAAGUACCACAACGACUUCCACGUCCAGCACCGCGCCCGGCUGAUGAGGGCUCGCACUAAGGAGGAGAGGAUUUUUCGGCAGCUAUUUCAGGAGGGUUUGGAGCUGCAGAAGGCACGCCUCAGAGACCAGAGGGUGCACGCCCGAGAGCAGUGGGCGGAGCGCCAGAGGCGACACCAGGACCAGAUUGAGUCCAUGGAGAACUACUACAAAGACCAGUUUUCACUGCUGGCUGAAAAACUUGCACAGGAGCGAGAAGACGUCCAGGUUAGGAAAAAGGCUCAAGAGAAGGCUCUGCUAAAGAUGAAGAGAGAGUUGCGCUCUCGUAUGGAGCGUGAGAUCGGCGAACUGCAGAAGAUCAUCAUCCAGAACGACAACGAUGACUGGGUCCAGGACCUGGAGGUCCAGAGGCUGCGCAACAGAGUCCACAUGGCCUCCUUUCAGCACAACACUAGCUAUUUGCACUGACGGGACGCGUUUUGUCCAAACGGAAAGCAGCAGUUCAGGCCAAGAAAAAAGUACCAGAACCCGAUGCUCGGUCUCCAGAGACUGGAUUAAUGAUCAGGAUGUGUGUAGGUUCAGAACAGACUGGAAAAAAACAAUAAUGUAGCUGUUAGUGAACUGUUCUCCUUACCUCAGCUCCUAAAUCACCUCAGAACAAACUCCCAGCCUCCCCGGGUUCAGGAACCUGUAAAACGAGUGUGUUCUAAUCUCACUGUGCUGUCUUUGUGCACUUUUUUACUGUUGUUGUUGUAAUCGUUUGCCAAAGAGGGACUCAAAAAGUGCUGAUUUAGCAAAGUAAAAGUAUGAAAUGUCACACUGACGAGACUUAACCUUUUAACCAAGGAAAUGAAUUAUUUAUUUAACUUUAUUUUUAACUUGAAUUUUAUCAAAGGCUACGAUAAUCAUUCUGUCUUCAUUCCUGCUCAUCUGUGAUUGUUUUUUUGUUUUUUUUAUUCCAGACAAAUCCUUAAAAUGGUUUUGACCAAGAGUUUAACGGCUAACACUAUCUUCCUGACACUGUGUGCCCUGUCACAACCCAAUAAACAGGUGGGAUCUGUCCUGGCA